AACAGCAGCCUCUCCGAUUCGGAAAAUGCGUUUUCACAUAAUCUUAUUGGUUCUCUCAUGCAUCUUUGCAAUUGGAAUCAGUUCGACAGCUGACCAGUUUAAGGUAGAUGGGGAAGUGUUCGAGUUGGACGAAUCCAACUUUGACUCCGCUAUUUCCUCUUUCGAUUACAUCCUCGUCGACUUCUACUCCCCUUGGUGCGGCCACUGCCAGCACCUUUCCCCCCAGUUAGAUGAAGCUGCUCCUGUCCUUGCAGGAUUGAAGGAUCCAAUAGUGAUAGCCAAAGUUAAUGCUGACAAAUUUACCCGUCUUGCUAGUAAACAUGAUGUCGAUGCAUACCCUACCCUCAAGCUCUUUAUACAUGGGGUUUCUAUGGAGUAUUAUGGACCAAGGCAAUGAGACAGACUUGUUCAGUAUCUGAAGAAAUUUGUUGCUCCUGAUGUGUCUAUUCUUACUUCAAACUCUGCCAUUAGUGGUUUUAUUG